CCCGGACGGUCAGAGCCGCUUGACUGAUAGUGAUGGCCUUGGAGGCAGACAGCGACAGAGGUUCAUCAAGAAGCGCUCAUGAAAAAUAUCCCCGGGCUGCGUUGGAGCGCAACGGCUACGUGAAGACAUGUGUCACCCCGUUGUACCAGGACGCAGGGGGCCGGUCGUGGCUCAGACUCGCCGUGACAUGGACUUGCCGAGGAGUGUCGUCUGCGGUGUGCGUUGCCUCCGUCUCCGUUAUUCUCGCUCUGCUGCUCAGAUUGGUCGACUGGGAUGCAGGCAGCGGCAGCAGCGGAAAUAACAGCGGGUCCGACUCUCGUCUUCAUUUCGCUGCGGGCUGCGCAGUGGAGCUGCUUUUGACUGCGUCUUACUUGGUCUCCCCCGUUUUAACACUCGUAUGUGCCUUCUUCUGGAUCGGACUCUAUCUGAUUCGUUGCGGGGUGCUCAUCCGUACCGCGGUUUUCCUCUUAGCGGUGUGCCACUUGGGCGAAGCCGCGGCGCAGUCGUUCCUCCGCGGCGCAGAGGAGCAGCUGUUGUCCCUCCCCGCGACCCUGGUAGUCCUCGGCUGCCUGGGCGGCGGGGCUCUGCUGGUCGUCCGGCUGGGUCAGGGAGUGUCCAUCCUCGUCUUCAUUAGCGUCAUCAGGGCCGUGUCUCUCGUCUCUCUGAGCAGGGUCCGGGCCAGCUGGAGACCCUACCUGGCCUACCUGCUGGGGCUGCUGGGGGUUUUGCUUGCGAGGUAUGCUGACCGGCUCCUGCCGGCCUCAGGGACCAGCGGGACGGGGUGCUGUGGGUCUGUGACCGGGGCGAAGGAGGAGGACAUCCCUGUCUUCAAAAGGAGACGGAGGUCCAGCUCCAUAGCGGCCUCGGAAAUGAUGGCUCACAGUCAGAGCAACAGCAAGUCCCACCGCAGGACUUCGCUGCCUUGCAUUCCGCGGGACCAGAUUUUAUACCAGCCAGAGUGGGACUACAAGAGAGCUCUGAGCAGAUCUCAGUCUUCGGGCACCAGUGUGGUGGUGGACAUAGCGGUGAUGGGUGAAGCCCAUGGUUUGAUAUCAGAUCUGCUGGCGGACCCCUCGCUGCCCCCUAACACCUGCAGCUCUCUGAAGGCUGUGAGCAACCUCCUCAGCACCCAGAUCAGCCUUCAGCCGCUCCAUCGGCCUCGCAUCCCUGCAGACACGCAUACCUGUUCUGACUCCGAAGAGGGACCUGAGAAAGUGGACAGGCUUGCGAUUCCUAAGCGUCUAAGACGGAGCCUGCCUCCAGGAUUGCUGAGGAGAAUUUCAUCAACGUGGACCACCACCACCUCGGCUACUGGGCUGCCAACCAUUGAACCAGGCCCCGUACGCAGAGACCGCUCAGCCAGCAUCAAACACACCACAGAAAGUGAGUCAUGGAAUAGCUCAGUAAUGAUGACCAUCUCAAAGAGCCGCUCCAUGUCCGCUUCCUGUGCAGCCUCCAUCACCUCCAACCACCUCUACAGCAAACCACUGGGAAGACCAGGUUUCCCCCCCUCCAACGUAUCACCUCUGGGCUCCCCGUGCCCAUCUCCACCCAUCCAGGGCACUCCUGCCUCCAGCCCUACCAUCAAGACGUGUUCAGUGCAGCUUCCUGAGCCUGCCGGGCCCCUGACAGAGCGGACCACUGGCUCUGUGGCCCCCAAGAGCCACCACAGAGCCUUAACUCACAGCCAGAGCGCUCCAAGCUCCACCACCCCUCACUGGCGGCCUCCGUCGCUCUGCAGCAGCUGUGGCAGGCCGUUCAACAAUCGACUAAACCAUGGGGUAGAAUCUGUCGACAAAGGAGACAGAAUACCCCAUCCAGAUGAGCGUAUAGUAGCUUCUUCAGACUAUGACAGCACCUACGACAGCACCUAUGAGACCAACCACAGUGACAGCAGCGACUUUGCACAGAAUGAAGAGGAGGGAGAAGGAGGCAAGAAGCCACCUGAAGUAAAGGAGACUUGCAGGGAAUAUCCAGCAGAGGGCAUUGUACUUCAUCCUCUCCUGCCAUCACCAGAGGACAAACCAAUCGUAGCCCUGGAGCCUCUGAUGAUGCCGGGGCUGGAGCCUCUGAUGAGUCAACUCGACAGCUGGAACUUCCCUAUUUUCAGUCUCGUUGAAAAGACUCACGGCAAGACAGGCUGCAUCCUAAGCCAGGUUUCCUAUAGGCUCUUUGAGGACACAGGCUUAUUUGAGGCCUUUAGGAUUCCUGUACAGGAGUUCAUGAACUACUUUCAUGCUUUGGAGAACGGAUACAGGGACAUCCCAUACCACAACAGGAUCCAUGCCACUGAUGUGUUGCAUGCUGUUUGGUACCUCACCACUCAGCCUGUGCCAGGCCUGCCCACGCUGCUGACCGAGAACGGGAUACACACUGACUCUGAGAAUGGCAUUUCCCCAGGUACAACGGGGUUCCUGAUAUCCAAGUUGAACUCUGUGCAGGAGGAAGGCUAUGGUUCCUUAGCUGGCCUUAUCCCAGGCCUGGAGCUCAUGGCCCUGUAUGUAGCUGCUGCAAUGCAUGACUAUGACCAUCCAGGAAGAACCAAUGCCUUUCUAGUAGCUACCAGUGCACCACAGGCUCUUCUCUACAAUGACCGCUCAGUGUUGGAAAACCACCAUGCAGCAUCAGCCUGGAACCUCUUCAUGUCUCGACCCGAAUAUAACUUUCUGGUAAACCUUGAACAUGUGGAGUUCAAACGCUUCCGUUUCCUAGUCAUUGAAGCCAUCCUGGCCACUGACCUCAAAAAGCACUUUGACUUCCUUGCAGAAUUUAAUGCAAAGGUGGGUGAUGAAGGAGUGUCUGGUAUUGAUUGGACUAAUGAGAAUGAUCGAUUGCUGGUGUGCCAGAUGUGCAUCAAGCUGGCUGAUGUCAAUGGACCGCUCAAGUGUAAAGAGCUGCACCUGCAGUGGACAGAAGGCAUCGUCAACGAAUUCUAUGAACAAGGUGAUGAAGAAGCCAGCCUAGGCCUUCCCAUCAGCCCAUUCAUGGACCGGUCUGCUCCACAGCUCGCUAAACUUCAGGAGUCAUUCAUCACACACAUCGUGGGGCCUCUGUGCUCCUCCUACGACUCGGCUGCUCUUAUGCCAGGACAUUGGGUCGACCCCCCUGAAGGAGAGGCUGAGCCAGAGGAGAUGAAGGAAGAACCUGAUACAGAAGAAGAAGAAGUAGAGGAAGAAGAGGAAGAUGUAGCCGAAGAAGAUGCAUCAACGGGUUCUGACAAUUCUCAGCUACAAGAAACCAAAAAGAAGAGCCGGAGGAAAGUGUUUUGCCAGAUCACCCAGCAUCUUCUGGAGAACCAUGAAAUGUGGAAAAGAGUCAUUUCAGCUGAAGUCCAGGUGGAGGCUCAGCCAGAGGACUUGAACGGCAUCGGUAGCACCACUGAACCAAUCACAGCCAUUCACGAGGAAGAGGAGGAGCAAGCAAGCAAGGAGGAGGAGUCAGCUGACUGCCUUGAUGAAAGGGAAGAGGUGGCAGCUAUUGAGGAAGAGGAAAUCCUCCCUCAAUCCGAGACUUCAGGGGAAAAAGAGGAGGAGCCAGAGUGAUAUGAACUUUGACCUCCUCUUAAACCAGGCAUCUGAACGUUGUCUAAAAUGAUUCUUUCCUAACUAAACUCUUGAUAUGGUAGCCAGCACAUCACUUCGACACAACACUGUAGAAGAUGUUUUGGGUAAUAUGUGCCUAACAAAAACAGGGUUUGAGGACAGGGCCGAUGCAUGCCCAGUGCGUCUAACAAAGGGAGAGAGGUGAGAUGAGCAAAAGAUGAAGUGACUAGAACUAGCUGAAAAAGAAAGAGAAAGAACAUGAGCUGUAUUUGUUUUUACUGUAGUGUUAGUUUGGUCUGGAUCUGGUACCCUGCCCUCACCCAGGCUGCCCAUUCUACUGUAUGGGCCAACCGUGCUGAUUCCCACAUUCACCCCACCAGUGAUUAAUACACUGUCACACACCCAUCUUGUUUCUCCCAUGCUAUCAGCUCACUGUGGAGCCAUCCGUCUGGUCAAGGAUGUGCAACAAGCCCCCUCUCCUUGUAGACAAUGGGAUGAAAGCCAGGGAAAAAGUUGUGUUCACUGAGAUUCAGCUCUGUGGAUUUCAGCAGGAGAUGGGGAGGGGGGGUGUACAGAGAUGGUGUACAGACAUACACCCACACAAGCAUCGCACGCACCCACAGACACAAGCACUCACACAAUAUUACAAAUAGGAAAUUUAACAAAGAACCCUGUAGCUCUAAAAGCUUUAUUCUCACUCAAGGAAAAACAUACAACACAAUUGAUUGUUUGUCCUUAGUCACGUUUUCUUUUCUUCUUUCUUUUUUUUUUGAUAUGGAGUCAGUCCAACACACCUACAUGUUUCCAGGCCACAUAACUCAGGAAGAAACUGAUUGAAAUACAAGGAUUUGCAGUGUACAGGCCCUUUCACUUGCCACUGAUGAUGCUGUCUGGGAUGCUUUUGAUUUACUAGUAAUAAGGGAGUAGAAUUUAGUAACAUUAUAACAUAUAUUAUAUUUAUUUUUCCAGUUAUCUCUGUCUGUGUCCCAAAGUCUACUGACAUUGGUUGACUCAGAAGACACAUACUGUAACUAGGUAAUAAGGUGGUGCAUUUGUUGACUAAAUAUUACAUCUAUACAUUAUAACCCCCAGAUUUUCUGCUUACAUGUUACACUAAACAGUAGAGUACUGAGGGGAAUUAUUGCAUCUUUGCAAUAUACAGUAAUAGCCUGGUAUGUAGGCCAAAUCUUCAGAAAGGAAAGUAAUCCAGUAAGCUAUAGUGUUUCAGGCCAGAGCUGACUCAUAGCUCUAAAUCACCCUUGGGAUUUAUGUCAGUGAGACAUAAAAUUAUUGUGGCACCCUUUGCAAACCAGGACCCACACACCUGCAACAGAUCUUGAACUUUCAUUAUUUUGUUGCACAAAGCAAAUAUUUCACUAAAAUAUCCUGAGUCAUGAAAGCAGCUACAAAGCCUAAUACAGCAUAUAUCUAAAAUUUACAAGCAAUUAAUAAAAAGUAUUCAUUAUGAAUCUAUUAUUUGAGUGCAAGCUUUAUAAGUUAUUGUGUUUAAACUAAACCAAUGCAGUCAAAGUAUUUUAUAUAUGUAGCAGUAAAAUAUGUAAGAGUUAUUAGUAGUAGUGAGAGAUGUGAUUGUCACGGCAAAGUCUGAGUUCAUAAGUUUGCCAAAAGUGCAAUAUAGAAAGCUCAUGUUCCAGUGAAAUCAAAUCAUUGUCAGCCUGUACACAGUUUUAUUUCAAUAAGUAGUUCUUACGGUUGAUAGAGCCUAUGGCCUGACAGGUUAUGGUGUUGUUCACCUUUGAUGUCCUCAAAGAUUAAUAUUAGAGAUGGCAGAGAAAAGUGUGAAAUGGAAGAACAGCCUUUGUAAUGAGGCUUAGUCAUAACAGAGAAAGGCAAAGCCUUUCAGCUUGACCUGUAGCUGCUAAUGAAGGGUUAGAGGGGUCUCAGAUCCUUUCCACGUUUCUCAUUCCGCACAUUCCUCUGGAUGUAUCUCUCUGAAGAUGAGCCAGAUAGAUCGGAUUUAAUAUAAUGUGAUCUUCAUUUCCAAGUACAGAUAUAUUACAGGUAUGUAGACACCAAUGCAAUUAAACCGUACAGUAAAGUUGACAGCACUUUUUUUUUUACCUCCUUACACUUAAGCUGUUUAGAAAAUGUUCCUUCUGCAGUAGCAGUAGCUGGGGUAGAUAAAUAUUUAAUAGUGUUACUCCAGCUUUUUAGCAGGAAAACAGUCAGUGCAGAUUAAAGUAAGUCUCGUUCCUGGAACAAUGCAGGUACAAAAUCCAUCAGCAGCGGGGGUACAUGCAAAAUGACAAGAUGCCCAGUCCUAAAAUUUGGUAAAUCAUUGUUUUCCUCUUCUGAGGAUAAAGAACACAUUAUGCAACUAGUCCAUUACACUUAGACCACAGACGAGCCAAACAGAUUUGUUUGCAGACAUUGUCUAAGUUUAUAUUGGCUUUAGCUACACUACUGUGACCCAUUUUCUUUACUCAAUUAGCGUUUUUCUGUUAAUACUGUCUAAAUCCUCAAGUGUAUCCAUUGCACUGUUCUUAAAAUGCCAAUUGUGCAAAGGAGGGAUAAACUGUGCAACAUAAUGCCCUUGACUGCUUAUUCCCUGCACUUACAAAAGGGUGCAGUUGUUGAGCUUGUUUUUACUUCUAAAAAGAAAAAGACAGCCUGUGCUAACCGAAGCAUGAGCUUAUCUGUGUUCAAGUUCAAGUUGAGAGUUCUUAAUCGAUGUUUAAAGUCUGAUUUCUUUUUUUAUUAUUGUUUACUGAACUUAACUGAUACAUUCAUAGAAGAAAUGUCAAUUUGAAUUAAAUAAUAAUGAUAAUUAAUUGAAUUGGACAGAAAAAUCACCACAAAAUGAAAGAAUAAAAACUUGUUUUUAUAGAUAGUGUUGCUUAGAAAAUGAAAUAAAGGGAACCUGAGAUCUGACUCACGGAAAAAUGCAUCUGCAAAUGGCAGCAAUGCAUUUCCAGUAAAUGCAACAAGUUGCAAGUGGAUUUAUGAAUCCACUUAACUGGGACAAACAUCCUCCAGAGGCCUCUUGUUGCUUUGCCUUGUCAUGCGUGCACCUGUACCAGUAGACAUUCUGUAUUAUCACCAGCUGAUGAAUCACUGCUCUAUAUGGCUGUGGCUCAUCUGAGGCAAUGACUUGGGUCUUUGGGCAUUUUUAAUAUUACAGCAACUUAGAUCUCAAAGUUGUGCUCUCUAAAAUUAAGCAAGCUGCACAAACCUCCUGUACACAACAUGCAUUUAAGCACAUAUGUAUGAAUGAGCUUGAGCUUUGUGCACUGUAAAUACCCUACCUGCCAGUACUGAUGCCUCACAUGCAAUAUAAUAUACAUACUAAUGCAAUGGACAUUUGUCUCCUAAUUCACCCUUUUACAAGUCCAUUUCCCGCUAUUAUAUUUGGGAUUGUGUAUAGACUAUGAAUUGUGUGUGAUCAGAGGAAGCUGAAGCUCACUAGGGAGUCAGUCAUAACAGGCGCUUCCCUCCUCUGAUGUUCCCUUCUCGAUCCUGCCUCACUAACUGUGUACACUACACUACAGCAAUCAAAGAGACUUAAUCAAAGCUGUGAUAGACGUCGGGUUAGCUAUUUUUGUCACAAACAGUCUAUGGUCACAAACAAUACUAAACAUUUGAGUGUGUGUCUCGCAAAGCCAUGUGGGAUGAAUGAACUGGCCAACUCGCCUCUGGUCUCAGAUACAGAUAUUGGAAAAGAGAUGUUUGGCCUCCACAGUAUGAAGAUAAUGUCCUCUUUGUUUUUCUCAUUGUGACUACACAGGUCAGCGGUUUGUACCAGGCAAUCCCAUGGCCAUCAUAAUGCACGUCUUUACUUUCAAACUGUUUUAUUCAAUAUUAAACUGGGUCACAAUGUAACGGCAGUCCAUGGUCCAACUGCAGCUCAACCGUCUCUCAGUCAGUUUAACCUUGAACACAAUCGUAGCCAGUAUCUGUAGUUUCUAACAGGAAGAAGGGGAUUGCUGCACACUGGAUUACCUUGUGCAAACCAAAGAAGCUUUCUGAACCUUUUUUUGUGAUCUGCACAAAAUGAGCCCUCAAAGAAGCAUGUUUUCUUUUUGUGUCGAUGUUAUCCAGAAGCUGACCUUUGUAACAGUUCAUGUAUAGGGACAGGACAGAAGCUAAAGGGGACGCAUUGGCUUUCAUUUAACAAACCCGAGUUCACAGGUUCUGCCUGUGUCUGUUCUUUUUUCACUGCCAUCAUUAAGCAGCAGUAGCACUACAAUGGUACUGACCAAAUCUUCUGUUCUCAGACUGAAGCCCGUGUACUUUCUUUUGAUGGUUUGAACCAAAACAUUCCUUUUUGUAUUGUUUGUUGUUUCAGCCAUUACAAAAGGGGGCUAUGCUCCUGUGCCAUACCAUUUUCACAUGUAUGUACUGUGUGUAUACAUUGUUUGAAUGCUAUAUUCUUCAGCUUCCCUUGUUUGUCACGAAGGAAACCAAAACAAAUGUUUUCACCACCUUUAAAGCAAGACAAACAAGAGUGACAUGUUUUUACCUAAUAUAGCUAGCGCUUCAGAGACUCUGUUCUUUUCUUCUCUCCAGUAUCUUGCACUUAACACAUGUAGCAAUACCUACAGGAUGGGGAAAUCGUGUGAUUCACCAGUAUUUAAGUACAGUAACAUUUUAUUUCUAGUAUUGUUUGACUUUGUAUAAAAAUAUAUACUGUACAGAUUCAAAACUAUAACAUAAAAGUUUUAGAAAAAUAUUUAUUUUUACUGUUUUGUAAUUUAGACACAAUACUGUAGCUCCUCUAUUGCCAGACAUGCUGGAAGUGCCUCUUGAUAACGUACUACAAAGUAACUAUACAAUAUAUUGGGAUUAUUAGAACCUGUCACUAGCAGAACAGUGUUGAUGUUGUAAUGUGAAUAUUGUUGAAUAAUAAGAUUUAUAAAUGCUA